UGUAUUUACUGUUCUCCCAAUAUAUGCAUGUCCAUUUAGGUAAAUGCAUGGUAACGAUGCUAGAUACUUGUUUUUACACACAGCUCCAUAUGCAUCUCAGUAUGCAGCUAUAGGCGGUGGAGUUGCAGCAGCAGUAGUGGCAGUAUGCAUCAUUAUCAUCAUUCUCGUUUAUAGAUGCAAGUGCAAGCCGAAACAAGACCCAAACAAUGGUUCCGGUCUCGAGGGGAUGGCAGGUGAAGAAGCACCACCUCCUGGGUACGAGACUACGAUUGUGGCUUCUCCCGAAGCCUCUGGCAGUGACACCUUGCGCAUGAACAUGGAGAACGACCAACAAGGCGAGAUCGAGAAUGAAUAUUUAACGCCCCGAAUGAAGAGAGAGACCAUGGAGGCAGAGUAUGUCGACAUGAAGACCAUAGACAACCAAGUAGUCAUGGUAACUGAGGAUAUCUAUGAAAAAAUGGCGGACGAUGCCGCAGGUAAACACGCCGUAACUUCGAAGGAAGCGGAAUAUUCGGUUGUAAUCUAAAGCUCAAAGGAGGGAAAUCUGAGUUCAUGAUUCUA